AUGCAAAGAAAGCUUGGAUUGGUCUACAGAGAGCAGGACCCUGGAGAUGGCUGUGGUCUCUGGAAGACCAAACUUUCUACAGAGAUGGAGACACUUACACACACUGGGCUGGUGGACAGCCAGACAACUAUAAAGGAGUUGAGUACUGUGUGGAGUUUUAUAAACAGAGUCAAUUCUGAUAUGAUGGCCAAUAGCUGGUAUGAUGCUCAGACCUACUGCAGAGAGAAAUACACCGACCUGGUCAGUGUGAGGAACCAAACUGAGAAUGACGAGAUCUGGAGUGUGGUUAAAGUUUCAGACAGUAAAGGUGUUUGGAUCGGUCUGUUUAAUGACUCCUGGAAUUGGUCAGAUCAGAGUAACUCCUUAUUCGGUUACUGGAGCUCUGACAAACCCAGUGGAAGUUUGAUCUGUGCUGCAGUGUCUGAGUCUGAGCAACGUUACUGGACUGAUGUGAACUGCACAGAAAAACUCCCGUUCAUCUGCCAUGAGAAUAAGCUGAUCCUGAUUAAGGACAAUCUGACCUGGAAAGAAGCUCUGAUAUACUGCAGGAACCAUCAUCAUGACCUGGUCUCAGUUCGCUCUGAGGAGAUGCAGCUCUGGGUGAAGGAAGUGACUCAAAACGCCUCCACUGAACACGUGUGGCUCGGCCUGCGUCACACCUGUGCUCUGGGCUUCUGGUACUGGGUGAAUGGAGAGAUGAUCUGCUACCAGAACUGGGCUCCAAGUAACAGGACAGGGUCUGAAGACUGCAGUCAUGAGGAGAGAACAGGAGCAGUGCAGUCUGGAGGAGAGCAGAAGUGGAUCAGCCUGCCUCGGAGCCAGAAACUCAACUUUAUCUGCUCUACCUAUGAAGAUACACUGAUCCUGAUGAAGCAUCUGACCUGGAAAGACCCUCUGAGAUACAGCAGGAACCACCAUCAUGACCAGCGAGGAGAGAAGCGGAGCAGUGCAGUCUGGAGGAGAGCAGAAGUGGAUCAGCCUGCAACUUCAUCUGCUCUACCUAUGAAGGUCAGUCAGUCACGCUUGGAAACUGGAACCUAA